UUGACCUUAAUUUCUUGGAGCGAACCAGGAAAUUUCAGCAGAGAUCCCCAUUCAUGUUACGGAAGUCUCUCCAAAGUCCAAACCAAAAGCAACGCGGCCUACACGUACUGAUCAAUUUUUCCUUUUAAUAAAGCACGAAACACAACAAUUAUUCCUGCCUGCAGUGUUUCUUCUUUCUAGUCUUCACAAUUGAAUUGAUUCUUUUCUUUCCACUGGCAUCAUUUGUUUCCUGGUACUACUUUGUUCACUGGUAGUCCCUCAUAAUACUUCACCGGAGAACCACCAUUUUUUCCAAGCAUGUCAGACGCCAGCAGCAGUGGAGGAGGGUGUUGCCGAUGCUGCUGCAGCUUCAUAUUGACCUCAGGCCUAACAGCCCUUUUCAUGUGGCUAAGUCUUCGUGGGUCUAAACCCUCAUGCUCCAUAGAAGACUUUUAUGUUCCUUCCCUGAAUGCAACAGAUAAUUCCACCACUACUAGAAGCAACCACACUCUUUACUUUGAUCUGAGGCUCAAGAAUGAAAUGAAGGACAAAGGUGUAGGCUAUGAUGAUCUGAAUCUCACCUUCUUUUAUGUUCAAAAUGGUAGCCUUGGAAUAGCAAACUAUACCGUCCCAAGUUUCUACCAGGGUCAUGACAAGAAAGCUCGCCGGAAAGAGCUGGUGCAGACAUAUGGGGUGCCGUGGGAGGCAGCUUACGGGGCGGUGUCAAAUGGGUCCACGGUGACUUUCCGGGUGGGAUUGACCACGAGGGUGAGGUACAAGAUUCUGUUUUGGUAUACCAAGAGACAUGGCUUGAAGGUGGGAGCUAAUUUGGAUGUCAAUAAUUCUGGUAAAAAAGUCAACAAGAAGGGCAUCAGACUCAAGUCCGGCGCACCGGAGUCGGUUCGCUGUCCUGGGCUAGUGGUAAUUUCGAUUGCAUUGUAUUUCUUGGUUCUGCUGUUGUAGUUUCUAAUUUUUGAAGCAUCCUAGAUUUAGAUUUCGUAGUGAGUGCAGGCCACAGGGUCUUGGUUUAAUCCUUUGAGAGGAAGUAUUAAUCUAAGUAUGGUUUCGUCAUUUAGUGGAAUCCUAUAUGGUAGUUAUUAUUGGUAGGUUAAGUUUUCGUUUUACUUAAUUCUUAAAUUUGUACUCAAAUCUACUUUGUACCAUUAUGAUCGUCGAUUGGAUUUUCUGUAACUCCAUAGCUCAGUCUUCCAUUGUAAGCCUAUUUUCCAGAUUAUUGAUC